GCAAUUUUCUUUAAAGAUUAUACGAGAAAAAAUGCCGGUUCCUUUCGAAGAGUUAAUUUUCUACAACUUUGCAAAUUGACUUUCGAUUAAAGGCUGACAUAACAUUAUAUCAAUACUUAUAAAUCAAUAUGUCGCUAGAAACUAUAGACAAAUGGUUUUUACGAGAGGUAAUGCGGUGGAGAUGUGGUGCUGCCAUUGCCUGGUCUGUGCUCUGUGUGCCAGUGAUGUCCGCACUCUAUAUCACACUGGCCAAUCUUCAGCCACUACAUCCCCUCACCUGUAUAGCAGAUACCAGCAGUUGCAUUCUGUCUUCUUCAUUCAUCAGUUCUGUAACUGUCAUCAUGAUUGUCACAGGCUGCUUCCAGUUCUACACUAAAAAUACAUAUUCAGUAUUGCCCACAGUAAGCAUAUCACGUGUGAGUCACCUCGCGCAGCUCCUCAUUCCGUCCAUCCUCACGCACAUCGCGCUGUGUACGGGGUCAGGCCUGGUGGUGGCGUGGAUCAUGACCUGUCUACUGGGGGACCGGUAUGCUGGCCUCUCCACUCAGCAGCACGGCAGUACAUACACAGUCAAUGAGUACCACAUCUUCCUGGUUCUAUAUGGCGGCUACACAGGGCUGAUGUUCACCGUCUCCCACUAUAUUCACCAUGGCAACCUGGUAGUCUUUCCUCACACCCAGCAAGGUAAGUUUGCUGAGGCUAGAUGCCAGCUGAUACCGACUGCAAGGGCAGCCCUGGGGCAUGUGCUGUGGCAGAUCAAGUACUUCUAUCUCCUCUACUUUCUCUCUGGAGAAAUCUUCCAGGACUUUAUAGCCAGUACUCUGUCACUGAAAUAUGGGCCUGGCCCCAGACUGGACUCUUUGUAUGGCCUCCUGGACGUGGGGCUGUUCUGGCAGGCCCUGCUGGUAGGGGUGUUCAUACAGCUGACCUGGACCCUGGGGGCCCUGCUGUACAAGCUCUACAACACAGAGGGCUAUGAAUUCCCAAUCAGCACAAUGUUUGAGACGUUCCAGAACAAGUGUCUGGUUGAUGCCCUCACCUGCACCAAGCUUCCUCUCCUGCAGGCUCUGGGUUUCCAGGACCUGACCAAGCUAUCCCAGCAUUCCUAUGUGCGUCGCAGGGAGCUGUUCAGUCUCAGUCAACCAGGUGGCCACCCCCACAACUGGAACAAGAUCUCGUCAGUGUGUCUGUCUGUCAUCAACGAACUCAGUGACUCAGUGCAGGAAGUGAAUUGGAAGAUUCUUGCCAGCGCGCCCGUACGGCAGAACAACAAUACGGAGAAAGCUGGGGUCACUACGACUCAUUCUAACGGGGAAACAACUGUGGAAGGAGAGAACAAGUCCACUGUGCGAGAACGAAUCAUAAAUGGAAUCAAGAAGCGAAAAGUUCUGACUUUCUUCACGUGGGAGUCGACAGAGUCCAGAUCUAAGAGUCUCUUUGUGUCGGCCUACGUGCAGAUCUGGGCAGUGGAAGCGCUGGCGUGGCUGGUGAAGGUGUCGGUCACUGAGGACCUGUUUGGCGUGGUCCAGAUGUCCCUGUCUGACAUCAUCUCUGCUGUGCUCAGUCUUCACGAGAAUGUUGAGAAGCACUUGAAGUUGACGGGAGGGGUUGCUAGGCGUGGCCAGCGUGAUACCAUGGCAACCACUGAGACCCUGUACAAACAUCAGCUGCAGACAGCACUGAAGAGCUCCGUGUACAUGAUUGUCAACACAUUUGGAAGUCAGCUGCUGGAAGUGGGUCUCUCUCCAGAUACAGAGAAGAAAUUACACCAGUUCCUGGAGUACAGAGAAUAGAGGGGAAGGAAAUGACAUACCUUAAAAAACUGGGCUUAAUGCAUGUGCAGAAAGUGUCAUCCCAGAUUAGCCUGUGCAGUCCACACAGGCUUAUCAGGCACAACACUUUCCGCCUAAACUUGAUUUUCGGUAAGGAGGGACUUCCUUGAAACUAAAAAUACUAUAAAAGCGGAAAGUGUCGUUCCUGAUUAGCCUGUGCGGACUGCUCAGGCUUAUCUCGGACGACACUUUACGCAUAUGCGUUAUGCCCAGUUUUCUCAGAACACGACUCAAAUGACAUACCUGAAAAACACUGUAAAAUCUGGGCCGAUGUGUUCAUGAUAUCUUAACUUAAAUUACCAUGCAUAUUGCAAGCGUUCAGUUAAUUUUCAUGAAAAUUGCAUGAGUGCGAAGUCAAAACUCUGAGUUAGUGCUAUUCAUUAUGGUGCAAAUUGUUAAAUAAGUGAAUCUGGUAUAGGGAUACUCAAUCAUGUACAAGGUAUAUGGUGUUGUAAAGAGAUGGCUUUGUAAUACAUAUACAUUUAUUUGACAACACGUUCUGUCUUGACUGGAUUUAACAGAGACUUUUGUUAAACUAGCAGUCCUAAAGGCAGAGAGUGAUGUCCCUUAUAAGACUGUUCACACUGCAAUGGAAUCUUGAUUCAAGUUUUCUGUUCUUUUUGUAUUGUUUUCUUUAAAUUAAAAUGUUUAAUUUUGAAAUA